GUCGGGUCCCUCUUCAGCUCCUUGGUAACGGUGUUGUAGAUGACGUCAGUUGCCAAGGAGCGCCUAGUUGUUGAAGUUGUAAGCGGAUAUUGGUAACAUAGAGGAAUUUUCACCUGUGCUUUCUUGUUUGUGGAAUUACCUAUAGAUGCCCAAAUACCCAGAACAUUUACAACUGCGUCCUGCUGUGAAGACGGACACCGAGAUGCAGAUUUUUGUGGACCCCUAUGAGAACUUCAUGUUGCAUCAUCUCCGGCACUAUGGACUGUUUACGGACCAGAGAGACCGCGUAAAAAACAGCGUUACUCUCAGCCAGACGUGGGAACGGGACCGUGAUAUCGCCCUCCCCCCGAGACGAGACAAGAACUCCCCGAGCAGCAGCGAUUCGGACUCUGACUUGCGGGAAGAGUGCAUAGUCAGUCGGAGGCCAUGCUCCCUUCCAGUAGAGCCGGUCCCCAGGUCCAGGCAGCUGGUGUUCGAUCCAGACCAGGGCUUCUCCAUCCCGAGGCUCCGGGAGCCACAGGGCCUCUUUGCCUCGCUGUCCCUGGCCAACCUGCCCCAGGGAGUCCGCUGGCCCGUCGAGUGCCAGGUCAUCAAGGAGGAGGUCCAGCACAUCGAAUGGGAGCCACCGCAACCAGAGCCGUUUUACCAGCCCACGGGCCACGAGAGGACUCCCCUGCCUGUCGGAGAGGAGAAAGGCAAGGUCGUGUACCACAUCGAGCCAGCCACGAAGACCUCCUACUUCACCUACGCCCGUGUGGGCGGCAGCCGAGGGCCAAUCAGGGACCCCACCGGCGGGUGGAGGGACUCCGCCUUGGAGUUCGAGUCCCGGUUUGAGAGCGGGAACCUGCAAAAAGCCGUGCAGACCGGUCUCCACGACUACGAGCUGACGCUCCGCACGGACCUCUACACCGACAAGCACACCCAGUGGUUCUACUUCCGGGUGAGGAACAUGAAGGCGGGAGCGACGUAUCGCUUCACCAUCGUGAACCUGAUGAAGCCCAGCAGCCUGUACGGCCUGGGCAUGAGGCCGCUGCUCUACUCCGAGCGGGCCGCCGCCGCGGCCGGCGGCGCGGGCUGGCGGCGGGCCGGCGCCGACAUCAGGUACUACGGCAACCAGACGGAGCGCGAGGGCCACGCCCUCUACUCGCUCACCUGGACCUGCCAGUUCCCCUACGAGGGCGACACCUGCUACUUCGCCCACUGCUACCCGUACACCUACUCGGACCUGCGGCGCUUCCUGGCCUCGGUGACCUCCGACCCCGUCGCCGCCGCGCUCUGCAAAGUGCGCGUGCUCUGCCGCAGCCUUGCCGGAAACGCCGUGUACGUUCUGACCGUGACCUCGCCCUCGGCCAGCCGCGAGGCGGCGCGGGCCAAGCGGGCGGUGGUGCUGACGGCGCGGGUGCACCCGGGGGAGACGGUGGGCUCGUGGGCCAUGCAGGGCCUCCUGGGAUACCUGCUGGGGGACUCGGCGGACGCGAGGCUCCUGCGCGACGCCUUCGUCUUCAAGCUGGUGCCCAUGCUCAACCCCGACGGCGUGGUGGUGGGCAACUACCGCUGCUCGCUGGCGGGCCGUGACCCCAACCGCAACUACCGCACGGUGCUGCGCGAGGCCUUCCCCUGCGUCUGGCACACGCGCAACAUGGUGAAGAGGGUGCUGGCCGAGAGGGAGGUGGUGCUGUUCUGUGACUUCCACGGGCACAGCCGGAAGAACAACGUCUUCAUGUACGGCUGCGAGAACCGCGGCGGAGCCCAGCCCCGCUUCUGCGAGCGCGUCUUCCCCCUGAUGAUGAGCAAGAACGCCGGCAGCAAGUUCUCUUACAGGAGCUGCAAGUUCAGGGUUCAGAAAAGUAAGGAAGGAACGGGACGUGUGGUGAUGUGGAAGCUGGGGGUCGCUAACAGCUACACCAUGGAGUCCACCUUUGGGGGGUCUACCUUAGGGAACAGAAAAGGAACGCAUUUCUCCACCCAGGACCUGAAAUCGCUGGGGUACCACUUCUGCGACACUCUCCUGGACUUCUGCGACCCCGAUCCAACCAAGGUGACCGCGUGCUUGGCGGAGCUGGCCGCCAUGCGGCGGGAGGCCCGUCUCAGGCUGGGCGGGGGCUAUGACGCGUCCCUCAGCGACGCCUCCGCCUCUGACCUGGAGUCCAGCACGAGUGGUUCAAACAGCACGGACUCCAAUGACUUGCCUGCUCAUCUGCUUAACAUCAUCGACAAGGAAAUCUCGUGCAAGAAGAAGCGGCUGAAGACCCGGAAGGAGCGGACCCGCCUGCGGCAGGAGAGAGCGCUGAGCAACAAGGCCAAAAUCAGCCCCCUCGCCCUCAAGCACAACGCCUCAGUGGUGCCUGGAGAAGGGAAGACAGAAAACCAAGUAGCAGCAGUGAAUGACAGCAAAAGAGAAAAAAGGGAGUUUCACCUGGAGGCAGUGACAGCUACCUACUUGCAUUUCGAGGGUCCAGUAGACACCACUCAGCCUCCUGACGGCAGGGCGGAGCUGGAGGGCCGGGCGUGCCGGAAGUUCCCGCUGCGCUCCGUCUCUUCCCAGCCCCGGCAGCCGUACCUGCACCGCCAGCUGCUUCCCUCGCCCUGCGGCCUGGACCACGAGCCCAACUCCACCGCCAGGGGUAGGCCACGCCCGCCUGCCCGCCCGCCUCUUCACGCGUCCGGGGUCCGCAGAUUCACUGUUCUCAGCUAUUUGUUUUUUAACACCUUGUUCGGUCAGCAGCCUGUGCACGCACAAGAUAAUUGGCGCUGUAUAUCAGUUAUCAUAAAACUACCAUUCAACUGUGUUGUGUUGGUAGGAUUUACAUCUCUGCCAAAACUUUUAUUCAGUUUUUGUAGACAUCCUGCCUUGCCUAAUCUUUCCGGAACGGUCAUGUCAUGUGUGACCUGAGCAAUGUUGUGGGUUUCAUGUGUGAAAGGGGCUUAUUAUCAUAAUUGUACAGUCUUGGAUGAUACUAUGGUGUCACAGUGUUAUUAUAAAGGGUUAGCGAUGGGCGGCAACCAAAGAAUUC